CCACCAUCACCCCUUCACCCCACCCCUCUCAUACAGCCCAGCAUGCCCGCCGCCCUCCGCCUCGGCUCCACGGCGCCCAACUUCCAGGCCGAGACGACGCACGGCGCCAUCGACUUCCACCAGUGGCUCGGCGACUCGUUUGGCAUUCUCUUCUCGCACCCCGAUGACUUCACGCCCGUCUGCACCACGGAGCUCGGCGAGGUGGCCAAGCAGAAGGCGCAGUUCGACAAGCGUGGCGUCAAGGUGAUUGGUCUGUCCGCCAACUCCAUCGACUCGCACGACCGCUGGAUUCAGGACAUCAAGGAUGUCUCUUCGGCCGAGGUGCAGUUCCCCAUCAUUGGCGACGAGAAGCGCGAGAUUGCGACGCUGUACGACAUGCUCGACUCGCUCGACGAGACCAACGUCGACAACAAGGGCCUGCCGCUCACGGUGCGCAGCGUCUUCUUCAUCAACCCGGCAAAGAAGAUUGUCGCCAUGAUCACCUACCCCGCCAGCGUGGGGCGCAACUUCGACGAGAUUCUGCGCGUCCUCGACUCGCUGCAGCUCUCGGCGCGCCUCAACGGCAAGAUCACCACGCCCGUCAACUGGCAGAAGGGCGACCGCGUCAUCAUUGCGCCGCCCGUCAAGCAGGAGGAGGCAGACAAGCUCUUCCCGCAGGGCUACGAGACGGCAAAGCCCUACCUGCGCUUUGCACAGCUGAGCAAGGAGCAGGAGGGCAACUAAAGCAGGC